GCCAGACAAUCGUCCAAAGCACAGCACCUCACAGAUCACAGAUCAGCGAGAAUCCCCACCUGCAGAGGAGAGGAAGACCAGGCCAGAUUACAGAGAUAAUAUCCUACACCCACAUCUUUUCGAUGUGAAUUCCAAGCGCCGUCGAAGGACCGAAAGCAACUCAACCUGUGAUAGAUAAAGAGCACAAACCCAGAGACAGAUAGUAAACUGCAGCUGUGAUAAAUCCCAACCGGAGACUAAAUAUUUAACUUGGCAAUGACGACAUCGAGCGAUAAGGUGGUGGCGCAGCCAGAGAGCCAGAACCUCUUGGGCGACCCAGUGUUUAGUAGUGGCUUCGUUAGAAGAGAAUUUAAUGACAGCGGUAUUGCCGAUGGCAAACUCCGCACCAUCUCGACUUCGUCUUGCGCCACGACCAUGUCAUCGGAUUCCUACCGCAUCUCUCUCGGCGUAGGGCCUCUGUGGUGGUCCGAUGUCCCUGUCCACCACAGAACAGAUCACGAUAGGGCAUCGCUCUUAACGGGCUACAGCCGUAAGUCUUCGGUCGACUCGGCUGGUGGCAGCCUGUACGAGGCCAGCUCCCGGGCGUCGUCGUUGUCGUCCUCCCAGUCGGAUUGCUCCGACUUGGAGUCGCAACACGACAUCCAUUCGCUGUGCUCGGACGAUGACUGCCAGGAAGUGCUGCGCCAGAUCUUGCAGCACGACCAGCCGGUGCAGAUCACCAUCAAGCUGCACGUGACCGAGGACCAGUACACCAAUUGGAAUACGAUUCUGAACCCAGUCAACAACUUGUUGUAUGUCGCUCUGCCGAAGGACCUUCCGCCGGCCGGCUCCAAGCAGACCUUCAUCUCGCUCUUGGAGUUCGCCGAGGAUAAGCUAGAGGUGGACGGCAUCGUAAUGGUCAUGCCUAAGGAUCAGCCAGAGCGGGCUCGCCUCGUCGAGGCAUUCCUGUUCAUGGGCUUCGAGCCGCUGUCCAGGAAGGCACCGCAGGCACCACCGGCCGCCAUCAACGACAAUGAGAACCACUAUUUCUUCUAUAACAUCGAGGAGUAGUUUGACGGCAAGGGGACGAUUUUCGCCACAGAAACGAUAAAGAAGAAGAUUAAUCAGUAACAAUCCAAUAUCCUGUCGGUAGUUUCCGCAAAUAACUUUUAUUAGCUCACCUUAAAUCCAAUGACAUGUUGACCCCAAUGUGUUCAGUGAAAUGCAAAUCAACCUUUUUAAAUCUUCGCGUUUACGUAGUCGAAAAUCGUUUAGAAAUUGUCUUUGAAGCGGCUUCAUUUAUUGGUAGACUUUAAACUUUGGCCAGCCACGUUAAGAGCCUGAUCGCAAAUUACUAUAUUAAUCUAUAUCGAAAAAAAAUUAACGAAAAUGUAAAAAAAAGUAUAUAACUAGAAAAUGUAAAAAAAAAAUGUAUUAAUCCUAAGUUUAUUCGUGAAUCAAUAUUUUGUAUUUAUGUUUUCGCUUUUGUUGUAAUCACAAUAUUUCUUUUCAUGUUUUUCUAUAUUUUAUAUUAAGGCUUAUAUAUGAUGUAUCGUAACCCCAAUUGUUUCAAACUAGAAAAUAUUAUAUACAUAUAUAUUUUAUUCACUUUUUGUAUGCCUAAUGCGAUGAAAAAGGAAGAGUAGAAAAGUUGGAGGAUAGAAAGGGAAUCACAUAUUCAUUAAAGCUAUUUCACAUACGCCAGCAAAACAUCCAUAUACACACGAUAUCCAAUAUUAAUAAACUUAUUAAUCAAUAGAUUCCACACCACGCAAGCAAACGGAAGCAAUUCUUUUAUUUAUUCCACUUUGAUGUAUAAUUUUUUGAUUCCAAUAAUAAAACAUAUGACUUAACAAAA